AUGCGGUGGCCCAGUGUGUCCCUCUGGAGUCUCCUCUGGCUGUGGGUGCCGCUGGCCAGUGGCCGUCCCGUCCGGCUGGAGAAGGUCCGGGCGGACACCAGGAACCUCACCCGCCCCCUCAGCACCCGCAUCCAGCAGCUGCAGCUCUUCCCCCUGAGCCUGAAGAUCAGCGGGCUGGAGGCCAUCCCGGGGGAGGGGGCUCCCGAGGGGCUGGGGGCCAUGGACCACCGUCUCCAGCUCUUCCAGCGCCUGCUGGGCGGCCUGGCGGCCGGCAACCUACCGCUUGCCCAGAUUGCCAACGACAUGGAGAACCUCCGCAGCCUCCUGGCCGCCCUGGCCACCCACCUGGGCUGUCCCCCGCUCCGCACCCCCCCGGGGCCCCCGGGACCCCCCGGUUUAUCCGACUUGCUGGUCGAAGCACCCCACACUGCCGCCGGGCUGGCCCUGGCGCGGCUUCGCGUUUGCCUGGACGGCAUCGCCGCCCGCCUCGAUGGCCUCCCUGCCUGCUAG